AUGUUCAUGCUACUUAUUCUGGUCAUUGGUUUGAUCAUGAAGGCGACUUGCCAAUCAGUCGAGGCUUAUGUUGCCGCUCAUACGCUCUUCUGGGUUGGCCAUAUUGGCCAGGGCUAUGUCAUUGAUGUCAUGUUGGCCGAUAUGACCAGUCUGCGAAACCGUAUGAUCAUGUUCGGGAUUAAUGGAACCCCUACGAUUGCAAGCACAUUCGCUGGACCGCGAAUUGCCCAACUCUACUACAAGCAUCUCAAUUUCCGUUGGGCUUUCGGUUCGUGGGCCAUUAUUCUGGUCGGCUUCUGUGUUCCCGUCAUUGCGAUCAUGAUAUACGAGCAACGAAAGGCCGCAAAGAUUGGUGUUCUUCCCCAGGAAGGACCACAACGUGCAUGGUGGCAAUCUGUCUGGCAUUACACUCUUGAAUUGGAUAUCGUCGGAAUUAUUCUCAUUACUGCUGCUUUCUCUCUCGUUCUGCUCCCCUUCAGCAUCGCGAAAUAUGCCCCUAAUGGUUGGGCAAGCGGAUACAUUAUUGCCAUGGAAGUUCUUGGAGUGUUCUCUUUUGGCCUAUUCUAUUCAUGGGAAAGGUGGUUUGCCCCUGUUCAAUUCCUACCGUGGAAGUACCUGAAGGAACCUACCAUCAUCGGUUCUUGCUUGCUUUAUGGAGUUAUGUUUGCCUCCAUCUUCUGCUGGAACGCAUACUUCAGCUCUUAUCUUCAAGUUGUUCACAGGCUCAGCAUCACGACUUCCAACUACGUGCUGAACUCGUUCUCUCUAACAUCCUCCAUCUUGGCGCCUCUUAUCGGACUCCUCAUUAGCUACACUGGAGAUUUCAAAUGGACUGCGUAUGCCGGUGUUCCAUUCUUGCUUCUGGGAACGGCACUUCUCAUCCCAUUCCGAACACCAUCUACCCAUGUUGGUCUUAUUACAAUGACUCAGAUAAUGUGCGGUAUUGGUUCUGGUCUGUUUGCCGCUUGCGGUCAACUUGCCGUUAUGGCUCCUGUCACUCAUCAAGAGGUGGCCGUGGUUCUCGCCAUCUGGGGUCUGUUUGGAUCCAUUGGCGCAGCCAUUGGUCUCGCAGUCGCAGGCGCUAUCUGGACCAACGUCCUGCCUCAGCAGAUCUACCAGCGACUCCCAGAGGAGAGCAAGAAUCUGAGCUCCACCAUCUUUGGAAGCAUCGUGACACAGCUAUACUACCCCGAUGGCUCACCCAUUCGCGAGGCCAUCAUUGGCGCCUAUGCUGAUGUUCAGCGGAAAAUGGUCAUCGCAGGUGCCUGCUUCAUGCCCCUGGUUCUUGGAUCCAUCUACGUGUGGAGGAACCUCAACGUCAAGAAGCUAGAGCGCGAGAAGGGCAACCAGACAAGAGGCAACAUAUGGUAA